CGCAACAACGCAUCACACACCAACCGAGCCUGCCUGCCGUCUCUCGUUUCUUUCGCUUUUGCUCUGUCGCUCUUCCCCUUGUCCCACCCCACCAGACACCAGCCAUGUGCGGCGGCGCGAUCCUCUCCGACAUCAUCCCGCCGCCGCGCCGUGUCACGGACGGCCCCCUCUGGCGGAACCAGAAGAAGAAGGGGCCGAGGGGGGAUGCCGCGGUCGCGAGGCGCCGCCGCGCGCCCGAGGAGGAGGAGAGCUACGAGGACUUCGAGGCCGACUUCGAGGGCUUCGAGCAGGGGCUCGGGGAGGCCGAGAUCUGGUCCGAGGACGAGGUCAAGCCCUUCCCCGCCGCCAGGAAACGCGUCGCCGCAGCUGCUGCUGUUGAUGGCUGUGCAUCAGAGUCCGCCAAAAGGAAGAGAAAGACCCAGUUCAGGGGCAUCCGCCGCCGCCCUUGGGGUAAAUGGGCUGCUGAAAUCAGAGACCCUCGCAAGGGAGUCCGUGUCUGGCUUGGCACUUACAACUCUGCCGAGGAAGCUGCCAGAGCCUAUGAUGCUGAAGCAAGAAGGAUCCGUGGCAAGAAGGCAAAGGUCAAUUUCCCAGAUGAGGCUCCUGUGGCUUCUCGACAGCACUGUGCUCAGCCUACUUCUGUGAAAGUGCCUGAAUUUAGCACUGAAGAGAAGCCGAUAGUCAACGCCGUGGCCAACACAAACGCGUAUUCAUAUCCUCUUGUUGACUACACUGUCUGUGAGCCAUUUGUGCAGCCUCAGAACAUGGCAUUUGUGCCUGCAACUAAUGCAGCUGAGGUUCCUUUCAUGAAUCUUUCCUCUGACCAGGGGAGCAACUCCUUUGGCUGCUCAGACUUUAGCUGGGAGAAUAGUACCAAGACCCCUGAUAUCACAUCCGUGCUUGCAUCCAUUCCCACCUCGACCGAGGUUGAUGAAUCUGCAUUCCUUCAGAACAAUGCCAGUGAUGCAUCACUACCUCCUGUGAUGGAUACUGCCAAUGUUGAUCUCGCCGACUUGGAACCAUACAUGAAGUUCCUCAUGGAUGGUGCUUCAGAUGAGUCACUGGACAACAUUCUAAGCUGUGACGGGUCUGAGGACAUGGUCAGCAACAUGGACCUUUGGACUUUCGAUGACAUGCCCAUUUCUGCCGAUUUCUACUGAGCCUCUGAGGUCAAUUGGUGCCUGUACAUAUAGACAAAGGGAAUAAGUAUUCUGGACAUCAAGAAGUGCUUGUGUCAGGCGCCUCUGUUGAGCAGUAGUUAUGUUUGUAUACUUUUAUAUCUAGCUUAAAUGUCAGUUUGAUCGCAAAAGUCUGAAGUGAUAUGUUGCAAUGGAUCUAUGUUCUGUACCCUACUUGAGUAUCUAUCUGUGGAACUAGUAUGAGACUGGAACACUCUAUGUUGUAUUUUUGUUCUACCUUAUUGUAAUUGGCACAAAAGACUGCAAAACUUUGAAUUUGUAGCCAAUUGUGGGUAUCUGAUGCUUUGUUUUGCUAA